AGGGUCCUGCGCUCCCAGUACCUGCAGGCACAGGACAAGGAAGCACCGGGUGACGGCGUACGCCAGAAACAAGAAUCAAACUUUGCCGCAAAGGAUUGGUGUGAUGAAGCAGAUGACUGGGGAGUCUGCGAUGGAGCAGAAUCUCCUGCGUGUGCCUCCCUUCAGCUGCUUGGCUUAGAUGAAGCAGUGAGCAGCUGCUUGUCCAGAGAGGGGGAGUGUGCAGCCCAGUUCCAGCAGCUUUGCCUGUCUGAAGCUAUGGAUGAGGCUGGUUCUCUGGACGCAUAUCCUCCCGCCAGCGAGGGAAUGGUAAUGGCAACGUCUAGUUCAGCUCCUGUGUUCCAGCCCUUUUACAUUAGUGUUGUGGAUGAGGAAGACUACACUGGUUUCCUUGACACAGAUCAUGCAGAUAAGCUGUUGAGGGAGUACCAGCAGAGAGAGGGAGUUGAUUUGGAACAGUUGAUGUCAGAAAGUUUUGCAGGUGAAGAUGUUAAUGAAAAAUACGAGAAGAGUGAAGCCAAAAGCAGGGACUACACAUUCCAUAAAUUUAUGAAAAGAAUAUCUAUGUGUCAUGAACAGAUUCUAAGAUACUCCCGGGGUGGCCAGCCUUUAUUCAUAACGUGUCCUCCAGCCAACAUUGAUAAAGGUAUUCCAGCCUGCAGCAACUGUGGAAGCAACAGAAUAUUUGAAUUUCAACUCAUGCCAGCGCUCGUCAGCAUGCUCCAGAGUGAUUCAGAUCUUUCAGUGGAAUUUGGAACUGCAAUAGUUUACACAUGUGAGAGAAGCUGUUGGCCAACAAAUCAUCAAACCCCUCUUGAAGAAUUUAUUUUUGUACAAGAAGACCCAGAUCAGAGGUUAUUUAAAUAAAUUGCGUUUCUCCACAUAGAU